CAGGUCAUGCGCAUCGAUCCCUUCUUGGUCGCUGCGGGAGGGGGCUCCUCCGCUCUCGAACUCUUCGGCGAUGUGGGAACCACAGGCUACAAGUGGCUGCAUGGGGUAAUGAGCCAAACGAGCUCCAUUUAUGCCGUGCCAGCGGGUGCAUCAACAGUGCUUGUCAUAGACACAGCAUCGCUCAAUGUUUCGGAGUUAGCUAUCGGAGCAACUCUACCCGCAUCUUUCGAGAACUUUGUACAUAGUGUCCUUUCGCCUCAAGGCGACAUUUUUGGCAUUCCUGCUGACUCGACUUUUGUGCUUUGGAUUCGGCCUUCAACCCAGGUCUUGAAAUCCAUCUUCUGGAUACGCCGAGUCCACGUUCUCCGAGCUGCUGCCUCUCAGGUACUUUGGCGUCUCGUCACAGGGCGAAACAACGAGAUCUCCGAUCUUGGCGGGAAGAACAUCAUUGUGAUUCUUCGAAUCGACCCAGCCACUGAUCCGCCGACGCUGGAUGAGACUCUGGGAGACGGACUAUUUGAUGCCACCACGCAGAAAUGGUCAGCUGCGAUCCUCGGUCCAGAUGGGCGCAUCUUCGGUGUACCACACGGAGCAUCACAGGUGCUAUUGAUUGAUCCUGCAUUGAGCAGUGUCUUCCUGGUCGGACCUGUGUGGGGCGGCGGCCUUUACAAAUGGCAAGGUGGCAUCCUGGCGAUUGAUCACUCGAUCUAUAUGAUGCCGUAUGACAACGAGCGCGUCUUGCGGGUCAUCCCCAAUAGCACCGGAGCGGAUGUGGUCGAGGAGGUUCUUGAUGGCUUCACCCUACCUGGAGAGCAGAAGUACAGCGGUGUGGCCAUGGUUCCCAGCGGUGCCCUUUUCGCCUUCCCAGCCUAUGCUGCAGAGGUCUUGUCGAUGGUGCCUGCUGUGGAUCUUUGCUUAGCAGGACCUCAGUUCCAGGAGUCCGUGUGCACUCUGGGUCAGAGCUGUACGGUGGAGCUGACUCCAACCCCAGAUUGGCCCACCAAUUUGUCCAAUGGCAUUCUUUGGGUGUCUCCAGCAGGCAGCCUUUGUCAAGAGCAGCUGAAUCUGGAGGUGAUUGGAUUCACCAAUCCGCAGACAGAACCCACUCAAACAGGUCAGGGCGAGCAAGUGACGCAUUCCUUCGGGACUGGUCUCUCCGGGAAUGUCUCCACUCAGAGCUUGUUGUGCUGGAAGUUCCACGCGAGCUCGCUGGACAUCAUUGAGCUUGGGCAGUUUCAGCUUCUUGGUCCCUACCAAAACCAUCAGGUGAUUUGCAAUCUUGGAGAGCCAUGCCUUGUGAUCUUGAAUGGCGUUGGCUUGGACAAUUCAAGUUGGGUGCUAGCCGCUGCUGCCAAUGGGUCCUGCAACGUGUCGAACGAGACGCUCGCGGACUUCCAGGGUUUUGCCAAUCCCGUGAAGUAUGAUGGCUCUCCAGGGGAAAGUGCAUCUUUUGGGCUGGGCGAAGCCAUAAAUGGCACUGCCGGGAGCUAUGAAAUUUGCUGGAGCUCAAGCACUUUGACUUCACCAAGCUUGGACUUAUUUGUGACACACGUCGGCUCUUUGGUGGUCAAUGGGCCCUUUUUGGCCACAUCCAUUGACCUCAGUUGCUGGGUGCAGUUCGAAUGCUCUUUGGUGGUCGCUGGAGUGGGCCUUUCGGCCCAGAAUCAGCUGACCAUUGGGCAGCUCGACUGCAACAGCACCAUGCAGUUGGCCAUGAUCGACGGGUUCUCCAAUCCAGUCACUUCCACCAAUGGCACAACAUAUGUCAUCGGAGCUGCUUUGGCUGCCUACCGCGACCGCUUGGUCCUUUGUUGGCAUGCAACAUCAACAGCAACUGGCAUCCCUCUUGGAACGCUGAUGGUUUAUGGUCCUGUCAAUGGUGGGCUGCACAUCACCUGCCGUUUGAAUGACACGUGCAGCAUAUCGCUGGCCAAUGAGACCAUCAUUGGGUACAUUGAUGACGGCUUCAGCUUGCAAAAUCGCCUGCAGCUGGAGAAGCAGGACUCAUGCACUGGCAUUCCGGCCUCGCUCUGGGGCAACUUGAGCCAACCUGUGGUGCCAAGCGCCACUCUUGUGGCCAACUUUUCAUCGCUUUUCUUCGACUUGUUCGCACCCACGGCCAACAACGUGACAGCGGCGGAUGAGGUGUUAGGCGCGUACUCUUUGUGCUUGUCAUUGGGAGAUGGACCCUUUGCCAUGAAGCUAGGCCUUCUCCUCAUUGAAGACGUGUUCUGUGCAGCACCUGAAGGCAUUGUGCAGGCGCUGGAGCCUGCUUGCUUGUCUUCAACCACCGGCCUGUCUGCCUCAAGCCUCCGACACGGUGAGAGUUGCAUCACGCAGUGCGACGCAGAGUCCACCGAAUCGCUCAAUUCCUUGGAUUGCGUCUAUGGUGAGCUGCAGCCCGCCAGCUUCGAAUGCUUCAGGUCAUGCACCACGGCUCCUGUGGUGAACAACGGCCUCAGCCAUGAAUCCUGCGCUGGCCUGCUUCACGGUGCAGUGUGCGAUUUGCAAUGUGCAGCUAACACUGUGGCAAGUGGCUACCUCUUAUGCAACUUUGGCUUCUUCAUUCACAAGAUUCAGAUGCGCUGCGAGAUAGUUGUGAAAGCCCAGUUGACGAAUGAGGCUGCCUACGCGCUGUUGCCUCAUGCUGAGAGUGAGCUGCCGAGAUGGAACACUGGACCCUCCCAGCUGCCUGCCUAG